AUGUCGCUCGCAUCCGGUGUUUCCGUCAACGAUGAGUGCAUUGCUGCCUUCGAGGAGCUCCGCAUGAGCCGCGGCAAGGUCAAGUACGUGAUCUACAAGAUCGCCGACAACAUGAAGGAGAUCGUCGUCGAGGACAAGAGCGGCGAGGCCGACUACGAGGUCUUCCGCGAGAAGCUGGCUAGCUCUACCGACGCUAACGGCAAACCUGCCCCCCGUUACGCCACCUACGAUGUCGAGUAUAGCCUCGGCGAGAGCGAGGGCAAGAGAAACAAGAUCAUCUUCAUCUCUUGGGUUCCCCAGGACACCCCCACCCGGCAAUCCAUGGUUUACGCCAGCACCCGCGAGGUUCUCAAGAACGCUCUGAACGUUGCCAACUCCAUCCACGCUGACGACAAGUCUGAGAUCGAGUGGAGCGCCGUCCUGGCCGAGGCCAGCGGUGGCAAGGCCAAAUAG